AGUCCAUCUUAUCGACCUCUUCCCUUCGCUCCUCGCCAACUCCUCAGUUAUAACCAGGGCGAUUGCCACACAAAACUCCGUCAUGUCGGGCACCGGAGGUUUCUACAAGUACCGCUGCAAGUACUUCUACACGCACAACUGCCCCAACUGGGUGUACUGCAACGGCCACGCCUGUGCAAUGUGCCUAGCCGAAGGUCGCGAAGCGGCAGACACCGAGCCCGCGGCGUCUGCUCAUGCACAGGGGCCAUCAGCAUGGCAGCGCCCACACCAGCACCAGCAACACCCACCGACCUUGGCCGAGAUAUGCGUCCCGCAGGCCAUUCACGGCACCCUGUGCUACACUAUCAUGGAGAUCAUUCCAACCGACGACUCCUCCCCCGGCGCGUACUGGGUCCUGAGGCAGAAAGCCAUGGAACCACGGGCGCUUCCAUACAGCAACAUAACCACCAGCGACACCCCGCGGCCGGUCAUGGCGGCUGCGGCGAUGCCCAUGCAGAUGACCUAUUGAUGGCGAUCACAGCAGCCCGGAUGGAGAUGGACGGACGACAGGCCCCGGCUGGCUCGGCACGUGCAUGACCUUUGCCAUGAGUUUGAGACGCAGCGCUGCAUUUUUCUUGUUUUGGGCACGAUACGGAUACCUCGGGCGAACCCAGUCUCAUUUCGUCUUUUUUUCCUUGUUCUACUCUCCGCUAUCCCUCCCCCGGAACCAGUCCGCUUCAGCUUGGGAGGGGGCAGCAUACACUGUACACGGCCUGGCAGGAAAAAGUCUGGGACGCGCAAGAUUGAUACCACACGUUGGCGGGUUGGGUUGAUGGUACCUUUUUGGGUGGGGGUGCUAAUCUGCAGGCCGGACGGACAGGGGGGUGGUUUGGUUACACGGCGUUGCUCCCUGCGGGUUCGUGGCACAGUGUUUUGAGGGGACUGGGUUAUUAUUGGGCACUGUCACUAUCGAAUUACACACCAGAAUAUCCACGAGUGUGAGUAAGGUACCCAGGUACCGUAGUUAUCAUAGGCACUGGGUAGAAUGAUCGGAUCAUCGACGCCGAGAGACGCAUCAGGAGUUUGUUGAAAAGUAAAAUUGUGACGACUUGGGCACCCUGAUCUGUGCGCAGGCCGCGUAACGACGUU